AUGUCUCCUUUUCCUUCAAAAGGAACCCCGCUUGCUCGUCGUUGGCAAUGGCUGUCUAUCUAUCUAUUCGUCCGGCAGACCACAUCUCGCCUCCUGCUGCGGUGCUUUGUUGAUCCUCGCCUGUUGACCAAACCUACGCAGAAGAGGUCUUCCUUUGACGGCAAGCUGGGGUUGUCCCCGCCCAACGUCAAGUUUGAGGUCGACGACAUCGAGGACAGCUGGACUUACACGCGGCCGUUCGACUACAUACACAGCCGCAUGAUGAACAGCAGCAUCUGCAAAUGGGACGAGUACCUGCGUCAAUCAUACAAGCACCUCAACCCCGGCGGCUGGCUCGAGCUCCAGGAAUUCCACCUCCCCGUCUCGGACGACGGCACGCUGGCCGAGGACGGCGCGAUCCACCGGUCGAUGCGGCUGCUCGGCGAGGCGGCGGCCAAGACCGACGGCGCCUUCGUCGACCUCGACGCCCUCAAACCCAUGAUGGAGGCGGUGGGCUUCGUCGACGUGGCCGAGGUGCGCUUCAAGUGGCCCAGCAACACGUGGCCCCGCGACGGCCGGUACAAGGAGCUCGGGUCGUGGAACCACGAGAACAUCACGAGGGGCCUCCAGGGCUUCCUCAUGGCCGCCUUGACGCGCGGGCUGGGCUGGCACGCCGACGAGGUCAACGUGCCCGCGGCACAGGCGAGGAAGGACAUCGGGGACCGGAGCAUCCACGCUUACUGGCCCAUGAUCGUCGUCUAG